AUGACGUUAACUGAUUCACAGAUUAUAAAUUGCCACAGAGUAAAAUUGCAGUAUCUAGUGGUGACAUCUAAUGGAGAUCAAAACGCAACAAACGUAGCAUGUGGUGAAGUUGGUGAUUGCAUUGCCAGUCAAGACUGUGAUAAUAAAUGUGGUUGUGAUUCUUCUGCAGCUGUACUGUUUUAUAAUGAAACCCUGGAAGAAUGUGUCGUAAAUGUGAAAAUGCUGUUACAAUCGUUACAAGAAAAACAUAACAUUCAAGAAAAAAUACGCAAGGAAGUGAAGCAAGUAUUCCAAGGAGUUAUAGUAUCUGUUAUAUUAUUUGUAACUUGUGGCAGUCUGUGCGUCUGUACGGCCUGCAUUUAUUGUAUUCGUAUAAAUUACAUGGACAACCGGAUGAAAAACGACGUAGAAGCUUUAGCCGCCAAAUUGAAAAGAGAGUGUCGGUUUAGAAAAUCUGUAAAGUCUUAUCCGCAUCAAAAAGCAGAAAGUUGCAAUAUAAUCGUUGAAGACGCUGGAGUGUUUGUCGUUUGACGAAGAAUAAUUAUUGUUAAUUAAAAAAAAUAGUAUACCUACUGUUUUCCAGUA